AUGACGGUGCCCCUGAUCAUUGAUACCGACCCCGGCGUCGACGAUCUGCUCGCGAUUCUUCUGGCGCUCGCAUCGCCCGAAGUCACGCUCGAGGCCGUGACGCUGACGUUUGGCAACACGACGCUCGACUAUGCGUUUGACAACAUGAUGCGUCUUGCACAUGCGCUGCAGGUCACCGCCGAUGCCGGUGCGCUGAAGAACGACACACUGCUGGAGCGUGUCAAGAACGGCAACAGCGGCACGCCUAUUCCGGUCGCUCUCGGCGCGACCAAGCCGCUGGGCGGCCGCCUGUUUACCGCCGGCUACUUCCACGGGCGCGAUGGCAUGUCGGGCGUGUCGUUUUUGGAGGGCGAUCCUUUCCCCAAGGCCAACGAGUCGAAGCUCUUUGCGCAGAGCAAGCUGCCGAGCGACGAGCUGAUCCUCGACGUGCUCCGCCGGCAUCCCCCCAACACGGUGCGCAUCGCGGCGGUUGCGCCGCUGACGAACCUCGCGCAGGCCUUCCUCAAAGACCCUGAGACGUUCCGCCGCGUGGGCGUGAUCAGCGUCAUGGGCGGCGCGCUCGACGUGCCCGGUAACACCUCGCCUACCGCCGAGUUCAACUUCUUCGCGGACCCCUGGGCCGCCAAGGUGCUGCUCGAAGACGCGGUGAAGGACGGACAGCCGCCGCUGCCGAUCUACCUCUUCCCGUUGGACAUCACCUCGAAGCACACCGUGCCCUACGGCGCGCUGGUGCGCGAAGAGGGCGAUGCGCUGUACGACGAGAGCUACCUUGCGCGUCUCAUUUCGCUCUUUCUGCGCAAGCCCCGCUCGGUGACCAACUCCUUCGCGCCGCCCGAGGUGACCUUUGACGCAUCCGUGCACGACCUCUUUGAGGCGCACGACCCCCUCGCGGUGGCGCAUGCCAUCUUUUGCGAGUCCGCUGAGGGCUGGAAGGUGUCUGCGCGUCCGUUCCUGGUCGAGUCCGAAGGCAAGCUGACGCGUGGCUUUUGCGUCGUCGACCGCCGCAACCACGGCGCGUCCGUGCAAGGCCGCAACAAGGCCGAGAUCGAAGAAGCGCACGGCCCGGCGAACGAGCACGGUCUCGAGCCGGCCAAGAAAAAGCGUGCCAUGGAGAAGGACGAGGCGCCCGCGCUCCUCGGCGUGCCGCUCAUCAACAUCGUGACCGAGACGCCCGGCAUUCCGUGGUUUUCGGAUAUGUUCCUCGAGCGUCUCGGCAUGCUGGCAUAG